CUAAAUUUAAAACGUCAAAUUUUAUUGUCGCAAAAAUUUCAGUCAUAUUUUCGAAAAAUAUUACGUGAUUUCAAAACAGUAGAUGAUUUUACUAAAUUAAUCGAUAAUACCCGCCGUGGUCGCCGUUCGAACCGGCUGUGGUUGCCAAACUGUCGGUAUCAAAAGGUUUGCAUAAAUGAAUGAUGUCGUUGAGGUCGAAGGCCCUAGUGCUGGUGGAGGUGUUACUGAGGGUUCCACCGUUAUUUGUGGUGGAUGAGUUCUUGAAGAUCAGCUUGGGGUUGCCAGUAUCGACCAGCGAGGAGGUAUCCCUGUUAUCGACUGUGACGGGUGACCACGUCGAUAUAAGUGACUCCGACACUAAUUAUUACGACGCCAACUUCUACAACGCUUUCGCCUUAACACUCCUCAAAUUCUUCGUUUGCUGUCUAGGAUGCAUGUCAGCACUCUGCAUAUUCGUGUUAUACACGAAGCACCUUAUCAUCGUGUACCUCUACCUGAUGUCAAUAGGAAUAGUCUUCAUCUCCUAUUGGACAAACGUGUCCGCCAUUAAACAGAUACAGGCGCUUACCCUUACCGUCACCUCAUCACACCCUUCGAGCAUAUUAGAAGAUAUCCUCAAUCUAAACGUGAAGAGUUUAGUUGAUCUCGAAGGACCAGGAAUAUUGGUCAUUCAAAAUUUUGCAAUACAGUUCAUAUUAGCUGUCCUUUUUCGUAAUGUUCACUUAGGACCACGAAAUGCAACGUUAGAGAAACUAUUACCGAUGAGUUUCAUGGCACCAUCAUUUUUGGCCAUGUUGCCGGUGCCACCGAACCUUUUGCAUCAUUCUCCUGUAUUUUCAUCGCUACUGCCAUUGUUUCUCGUGAAAUACGUACUCUGGACCUCUGGGUAUGAUGUGGUACAGGUGAUGUAUGGCGGAUACCAACACGGGAGACUGUUCGUCAGCCAUAACGGCCUGUCAGCUUUAGUCGAAACCGAAUGGAUGCGAUUGAAUGUGCCGUGCGUCCUGAGGGUUUUUUGGAUUAUGCGUGUAGCAGAGCAGGCAAUUUUAUUGCUUAUGGAUAACUAUGACGACGACGUAGAUGAAGGUUUGAAAGUCUCCACCCUACUAGCGGUCCAGUCGCUCGCUUCGAUGGCCAAAUCGUUGCUAGUAACGGGAUGUGAGACUAUAACGGCAGUGCUCGGUAUGACGUCGGUCAUUUCGUUCUUCUGUCACUACAUCGGAAACUUCUUUCAAUGGAUACUGUUAACAGACGAAGAAGAGGACAAAAGUAUCGGUACGGUUUCUGCCAUACUGUUUUACAUUCUGGCGCUGCAAACUGGACUGACGUCUCUAAACCCAGAGAAAAGAUUCAUUCGACUCUGCAGAAAUUUUUGUUUGCUGUUCACAGCUCUCUUGCACUUUCUGCAUAACAUUGUUAAUCCUAUGUUGAUGUCUCUAAGCGCAUCGCACAAUCCGAGCACACAUAGACACGUCAGAGCACUAGGCGUCUGUGCAUUUCUAAUUAUAUUCCCCAUAUCACUACUCGUAUAUUUAUGGUCUCAACAUUCUAUAUCGACGUGGCUGUUAGCAGUGAGCGCGUUCAGUAUAGAGGUGAUAGUCAAAGUAAUAGUCAGUCUUAUGAUCUAUUCGCUAUUCCUGUUCGACGCUUACAGAAGUACGUUUUGGGAACAGUUGGACGAUUACGUUUAUUACAUACGAGCUUUCGGGAACACGAUCGAAUUUUGCUUCGGUAUAUUCUUGUUCUUCAACGGAGCCUGGAUUUUACUAUUCGAGUCCGGGGGCGCGAUACGAGCAGCGAUGAUGUGUAUACAUGCGUACUUCAACAUAUGGUGUGAGGCGAGGGCCGGGUGGUCGGUGUUCAUGAAACGGCGAACGGCUGUGAAUAAAAUAAAUUCCCUAAGAGAGGCUUCCGCUGACCAGCUUCACCGAUUGGACGACGUGUGCGCUAUCUGCUAUCAAGAGAUGCAUUCCGCGAAAAUAACGCGAUGUAACCAUUUCUUCCACGGCGUGUGCCUGCGGAAGUGGUUGUACGUCCAGGACAGGUGUCCGCUGUGUCACGACAUAUUGUAUAAGAUAGACAAUGAUCCGAGUAAGGAUAACUCAGAGGCUGGUAACGAGGAGAACAGCAACAACCAAAACCUACUCCUGGAAGAGGAACCGGACCUGCUCCUCAACGAGGGCGUGAGGUGACUGAUUCAUCAAGACUUACAAAAUUUAGUUUAAAAUCAAGUUUAGAGCUCGAUUUUUUCAGCGGUAAUUUUUUUUCUAUUAUUUUGUAUAGUAAGUUAUUGUUCUAUAAAAUAUUUUGAAUCAGUUCGACUCUGUGAUUUAAGUUUUAAAUUCUGUCUUGUUAUGAAUGGGUUUUCGUAAUUAUUCAGUGUGACGUUAGUAAUAAGUAUAGAAGGUUUCUUGUACGCUUGGAUUGUCGAUGCGCCGUUACCAUUUCCUAUUUUGUAUUGUGUUCCAUAUGUUUUGAGUCAAAAUCGCUAGUGCUACUAACAUGAAACUAUUGUUUUGAAAAAUAAAGACGCGAAGCUAUUUGUAAAUAGAUAAGGUAUUUAGAAAUAGCUUUAUAUGUAUUAAACCUAACGUGAAACAUAAAAAUAGUAAUUUUU